AUGAGAUACAAAUUAGCUGCUGCAUAUACCGCAGGUGUUCUGCACACAGUUUUAAGAAGUCUGAUAGGUGUGCCACUUGAACGACCACAAGAAAAUCUAAUCUUGCAAAAAUAUGGCGUCAGUGAUAAUAAGUACAUCAACUGGAGGGAAUUUGUUGGCGCGAUUGAAGGGAAAUGCGAUGAAAAUGACUUUUCAUUACCACCUGGAUUGAAAGUUCUUCAGACAAUUGAAUCUCUCAAUGUGGGAACAAAGUCGCUUCAUCAUUUACCUGGAGAUGAGAAAUUCGACUGUAUACGGCCUUUAUUAUCGAGAAUUCAUCAAUUUAAUGAAUAUCAAGGGUAUAUAAUCCGCGAUUGUUAUAGACAGUACGACAAACAUAACAUGGGAUUAGUGACAGAAAGUCAGUUUUUCAGGGGAUUUCCUGGCCCUAAAGACAUUAAUGACGAAGAAAUUUUGUUGCUUGUUCAGCGUUACCAGUCUUCAAUAACCCCUGGCUUUGUAAAUUAUUUGGCCUUUGAAAAUGACGUCAGAAUGGUUGGGAAUAGUGAAAAAACUUCAAAGGAUGGUGUACCACCUGGAGAAUGUAAGGAAAGUGGUCUUGUCUAUCGAAAAGAAGAUUUAUUGAACCCAUCACAACAUAUGAUUGUUGAUCGUAUAAAAGUUGCUGUAUAUAAUCGUGGCAUACGUGUGUUGGACUUUUUUGUCGACUAUGAUAAAUUAAGGCAUGAUGAAGUAACGCAGCAUCAAUUCAUGUGUGCCUUAUUGUCAGCUGUUGGUAAAGAAGCAAGGUUAAAUUGCGGAGAAGUUCAAAUGCUUGCAAAUUAUUAUCGUUCAAAAAGAAAUCCACAAAUGGUUAACUAUCGUGAAUUCUGCAGAGAAAUAGAUUCACCCUUUCAUACACUUCAAUUAGAAAAAGAUCCGUUAAAACAAAUAAGUAUGCCACCCACAGGUGCACUCUCAAAGGCUUUAUGUAUGUUAAAUCCAGAGGAAGAAGAUCUUGUAUCUAAAUUGCUUGGAAGAAUCAAAAAUGAAGUUCGUGAAAAGAGGAUCCUGACAUUUCCAUAUUUUCGAGAUUAUGAUAUGGGAACGUGUUUUUCAGGAUUCAUUACUGGCUCACAGUUUGAAAGAGUUCUACACUUUCUUGGCUUAAAUGCGAGCAAAGAAGAUUGUCGACAGUUAUUGGAUGAUUGGUAUACUGCAGCAGCUCCAGUCAGUUUGAAUGAAGACAAUCCAGAUGAUGUGAACUUUGAAAAGUCAACCGUAGAUAAAAUUAAUUGUGUACCUGAGAUUGGUGACACACUCUGUGGAAAAAAUGCAGCCCGCCGAAAUUGGUGUUCAACAAUAACGCCAAUAAUCAAUUCAGAUGGUGAUAAAUGGCCAGCUAAAGUUUUCUUAGAUCGUAUUCGACAUUUAACUUUGGUAAAUCGGAUACCACUUAAACCAUGGUUUUAUGACUUUGAUCACUUGCGCAGUGGUUACGUAACACGAUCACAAUUUGAACGCUGUCUGACAGCUGCAGGGCUAACACGUUUAGGUUUACAUGACCUUACGCCCACUCAAGUAAACACUUUAGCUGAUAACUACAUGUCACCAGCUGAUCCAAAUACAGUGAACUGGAUGAAGUUUGUUAACGAUGUUGAUACAGUGUUUACUAUACCAGAACUAGAAAAGCAGCCUUUAACGCGCGUGUUACCACAAGAAACCUUUAUUCAGCCUAAACCUGGUACAGCUGAUUGGUCUACAGCCACCGCGGAAAUGAUACAGAACUAUGAAAGUGGUAUGGCCGUUAUAAGGCGGAAAGUUAAUGAACGACGUAUGUUGUUAUUACCGGAUUUUACUGCUUUUGAUCCCCACAAAACAAUCGUUUCGAAAAAUGCUACAUUAAAAAUUCUUCUGAAAUUAUGCCCAUUCCACAAGUUAUUGACUUUUUGUGUUCACAAUUAGAUGUCAGUUGGACGAUUGACAGUAUUGACUAGAGUCCUAGAAUGCUUCAGAGCUAGGCAUACAAUUUCUAAGUCGUGCUUCGAAAAAGUCCUUCAUAUGCCAGUUCAGAAAGUGCUUUUCACAUUCAUUGUACUCGUAAACUUAUGAUGCAGCCUUAAAUUAAUCAAUAGUCACGUUUUAUUCAUCUAUGUUGAACUAAAAUUGCAAAAUAUGAUACAAAUAGUCAGUAGAACUACUUGUAACGUCAAAGAAUAUCCUCUGCAGGAAAAUUGGGUGUUUAGAAAUUCCUUCCUUACCCUUUUUCUUAAGUUUUUGUUCCUUGCAUAUAGCGAGUACAAUAGUAUACGCAAGUUUCAAACUCAGAUAAUGCAGGCUUUAUGCAAGGACUACGAAAGAGAUGGAGCUGCUACCGUCUCUGCAAAAUACUGGUACCGAUGAGCCUGAUGCCAUUAGGGCAGUUUGUGAAGUCGAUGGUUUAUCAACAAAUAAUCUAAGCAAACUCAGAAAAUGCUAACAGGAGGUUUUUGUAAGGCUGUCUUGCUGGCCUACUGAGUUAACAAUUUUGAACUCUGUGUAUUGUAUUCCUUGAUCAUUAGUUUUUUUAACACCAUAGAAGGACCGCUCAGAAAGAAAUUUACUAACUGAGGCAUCAUCAGACAAUGGCUAAUAUGACUUACUGGACAAAAAAGUUUCGUUUAAUAUAAUGACUAAGUUAUUAACAACGUUGAAAGACACUGAGAACGACUCAUAGCUCUGGAGUGAGAAUACUAUGAUAUACGCAUUUCAAGAACGUAUUCGGACUCGUGCUGGUAGAUGUGUGGUGCAUGAGAUUUUCAGUCAUGUUGUAAAAGCGGGAUAUCACUAUCCAUUUUAGAUAAAUUUCAGUAGUGCUAUUAUGUUGGCCUAUCCAAUAAGAUAUUAUUCUAUAUCCCUUAAGUAGGCAUCAUCCUUCUAAGCAACCAUGGAAGCGUUCCAAGACCAGGAUACUCAAUGGCUUAGUGCAUAUAAUCUUUUAUAUCCCCAAAGAACUUAUUGCAUCCAGAAGCGGAGUUAUUUCAAUAAGUCUUGAUUUAAGUAUCAUAUACCUAGGUUUUAUAAUUUGACCGAUGAAUUUCAGUAAGAAUGUGGAUAAAAUAACACUUUUAUCGGAAUUUAUGUAUCAUUUCAAAAACACUAUGGUUGUCAACAUAUAUACAGGAUACGUGACAGUUUUGAUUAGGAGUACAUACACCAAAUUUUAGUCUUCCAAAUAACAUAACUGUCAUAAUUGAUUAAGCUGUAUAAUGCAUUCAGUGGGAUAAUUGAUUCGGGGCCAAGGAAGUUAAGUUUGCUUGCUACAGAAAAGAAUUAAAAAGUAAAUAUUAAAAUGGAAUUUUAUGCCUUAUGAAGUUAACUGUUCUAGUUUGAAAUCUGCUCUACCACAAUACCCGGCUUAUGCACUUACAAGUGAGUCAGAACUUGGAUACUAUGUACUUUAUGAGUGACAAAUUCUCUUAUUUUUCAUCAUCUAAACAUGUCGUAUAAAUACCUAGUCAUAUAUUGUUUUUCUCCACAAAAUUCUGGAAUGUAUCAAAUUUUACUCAUGCAAUGACUCAUAGCUUGCGUUAUUUUUAAAAUUUUUACUUAGAAUACAUCGUGGUAUAG